AUGGCCGAUAGUAUUGCGAAAGUUUACACUUAUGUGAAUGCAAACAAGCCAAAAGAAUAUUAUGAUUAUGAAUCGCUCCAAAUAAGUAAAAAGAUCGGUCGGGGAAAAUACUCUGAAGUUUUCCUAGGUGUAAACGCCCUGAAUCAACAAAAGUGUGUUAUUAAAGUCUUGAAACCUGUAAAGAAGAAGAAGAUCAAGAGAGAGAUUAAGAUUCUUCAAAACUUAACUGGCGGCCCCAACAUCAUUGGUCUGUUAGAUGUCGUUAGGGAUCCUGAGUCUAGAGUUCCUUGCCUAAUUUUUGAAAAUGUGAACAAUAUCGAUUUCAGAACUCUCUACCCAACUUUCACAGAUAUGGAUAUUCGCUAUUAUAUGUACGAAUUAUUGAAGGCUAUUGACUAUUGUCAUUCUAUGGGAAUCAUGCACCGUGAUGUUAAGCCUCAUAAUGUCAUGAUUGACCAUGAACAGAGACAAAUUCGAUUGAUUGAUUGGGGUUUAGCCGAUUUUUAUCAUCCAGGAGAGAAGUAUAAUGUACGUGUGGCUUCCAGGUGUUUCAAGGGACCUGAGUUAUUGGUUGAUUUCCAUUACUACGAUUACAGCUUGGAUUUGUGGAGUUACGGAUGUAUGCUUGCAGGCAUGAUCUUCCGUAAAGAGCCUUUCUUUAGUGGAGCAGAUAAUUAUGAUCAACUAGUCAAGAUUGCUAAAGUGCGUGGUACUGAUAAACUAUAUGAAUAUUUGAAGAAGUACGACUUGAAGUUACAUCCACAGAUACAAAAAGUUAUGGGAAGAUACCCUGUUAAGCCUUGGAAUAAAUUCGUUCAACCUUCGAAUGAAAGGUAUUGUUCUGAGGAGGUGUUUGAUUUGUUAGAAAAACUGUUACAAUAUGACCAUCAAGUUAGACCUACUGCCAAGGAAGCAAUGGAACAUGUAUAUUUUGCCCCUAUCCGCCAACAACAAGAGCAACAACAAGCGUAA